AUGUUCAUCGCCAAAAUCCCCUACCGAGCGUCGUUCGGUCGUGCCUUGGAUGCUUUGUGGUCGACGACACGCAGAUCAGAAGCAAUCGUACGUUCGCACGGGCAGCGCUCACCAAUGCGAGCUUCGUCGAGCGCGGGCCGGCCAGAGCCGGACGAGACGCUCUUACCAGAAGAAGACUUUUCAACGCACAAAUUUCCAGCAUUGGGUCUAGACGGGGUGUAUGCGUCCAAACGGGCACGCGCAGAGUCGCGCGCGGAGUUGAAAGAUGCGGAGAAGGCGAAACACUUGAGAAUACAGCGUUACUCGGUCACGCGAUAUUUUGAAGAAAACUGGAGCGGUAAUGGUGCUCCAUGCGCAAGCUCAGACGAAUGCACACCUCUCCAUUCGAGUCAGGAGGCCGACGCACAGCAACGGCAAGGCAGCACUCCUCGCCAGCGACGAGGCCGGACAGUCAGAAUCGACGCUGUGCCCUUUGGACAAGUCACGUUGCAUCUAAACAGGUUUGCGCGCGGAGGCGACGGCAUGGAGAAAGAUCGAGAGUAUCCUAGCUACCUUCCUUGGCCUCCCGACAUUGCGUGGGCUACUGGAAAGCUGAUGAGACAGUACGAAGCUUUCAAGAGGGCCAGAGAGGGAAAAGAUGUGAAUGAUUCGCCUCUACUUAGACUCAUCGUCAUCACGACUAUCAAGGAAUUCGGCAGAUUGGCGACAGUGAGACGUAGAGGACGAGUGCGGGUGUAUCGUGCUGUUUGGACAGCUGCCAGGGAUAUGGAUGCUGCAGAUACAAGGUGUCUGGACGGCGCUCUUUUGGUCAUCCGGCCCCGUGCCAUCUGCGCUGAACGUCAUCGUCCAUCCGCGCCUCCUCCCACACUUCAAGAAGGAGAAGUACACAAGUCGAAGCGGGCAGCAGUGAGCAGUCAGAGUGACACCAAAGGCCGAUCCGAGACGGCUACGCGCUCGAGGGAGCAUGCGAUUCAUAUGGACGAUUUGGUCAGGAGCGCAUUGGAUCUGUUGAAGCGCUGCGUUGCAGAAUCUCAGACUCUCGAUGGCCGUGCAAAGCGAGGAGCUCUCGAAACGGCGCGCAGCAGCGCUUCGAGAGGAGGGAAAAGAGGCGCAUGA